CGGGCCGGCCGCGCCCAGGGACACAGCGGAGCCCCCGGGACCCCUCCCCCGGGACCCCUCCGCCGGGACCCUCCGGGCCUCCGCGGCACGUCCCCAGCCCACGUCACCAUGGCCCGCCGCUCCCAGAGUUCCUCCCAGGGAGACAACCCGCUGCACCCCGACUACCUGCCGCCCCACUACAAGGAAUACUACCGCCUGGCGCUGGACGCCCUGACCGAGGGCGGGGCCGAAGCCUAUCGCCGCUUCCUGGCGGAGGAGGGGGUGCCGGGCUUCCUGAGCGACUCCGAGGUGGAGCAUAUCACCCGGCACCUGCAGCAGCCGCAGUACGCCAACCGCGAGCCCAGCCCGCCCGAUGCCACGCGGCCCCCGCCCGUCGACAUGGACAUGGACGGCUCCUCGGGCACCUACUGGCCCAUGAACUCUGACCUCGCCGUGCCCGAGCUCGACCUGGGCUGGCCCAUGACCUACGGCUUCCAGGGCACGGAGGUCACCACGUUGGUGCAGCCGCCCCCGCCGGACAACCCCAGCAUCAAAGAGCAGGCCCGGAGGAUGAUCCGGUCGGCACAGCAGGUGGUGGCCAUCGUGAUGGACGUGUUCACGGACGUGGACCUGCUGAGCGAGGUGCUGGACGCCGCCUCCCGCCGGGUGCCGGUCUACAUCCUGCUGGACGAGAUGAACGCCCAGGAGUUCCUGGACACUGCCGAAAAGUGUCGCGUCAACCUCAACUACGUGGACUUCCUCCGGGUCCGCACGGUGGCCGGACCCACCUACUAUUGCCGCACGGGCAAGUCGUUCAAGGGCCAUGUGAAGGAGAAGUUCCUGCUGGUGGACUGCACGACAGUGCUGAGCGGCAGCUACAGCUUCAUGUGGUCCUUCGAGAAGAUCCACCGCAGCAUCGCGCACAUCUUCCAAGGGGAGUUGGUGUCCAGCUUCGACGAGGAGUUCCGCAUCCUCUUCGCCCAGUCGGAACCGCUGGUGCCCGCGGCCGGGGCGCUGCUCAGGCCGGACGCGGCCUACGCCCUGGCGCCCUACGGCGGAGCGGGCCCCCUCAUGGGCCCCCUGGGAGGCACGGGAGGCUUCUUCCCCAAACGGCCUCACCUGCUGUUCCCGCCCCGCGAGGACGGGCUGGGCUUCCCGCCCUUCAUGGACCGCGUCGACCACGACCGCCACUUCCUCUCGCCCUUCCACCGGGACGAGCUGGGGCGGCCCCUGGGGGAGGGCCAGGGCCAGGGUCUGCGCCUGUUCUCCCGGAAGCAGACGGAGCUGGAGGCCGGGCACGCCGGGGACCCCGGCCGCGCCUUCCUGCGGGCCAAGCAGCUGGAGCUCGACGCCUUCAAGCGGCACAGCUUCGCCGAGGGGACGGUGGAGAACUUUGCGUCGAGCAAGCAGUUCUCCCGCCAGUUGUUCCUCAACCACGGGACUGGCGCCGACGACUUCCGCUUCCAGACCAGCCACUUCCAGAAGGAUCACUUCUACCAGUACCAGUUCGAGCCACCGGCAGGCCCGAGCCGGCCACACGGGCUCUUCGAGAAGAUCCGGGCCGGGCGGCCGGGGUUCGGCGACCCGGAGGACUUCGGGGACGGGCCGCGGCCCACGGCUCUGGAGGCGGGCUUCGGGCGGGACGGCUCGCCGCCCCUGCAGCGCCUCGACUUCGUGCCGUCCAGCUCCUCCCGGGAAGUGCGGCGGGGCUCGGACCGGGCCAGCGGCCAAGGGGUCGGGCCGCUGGCCGCGGGCCCCCACCGGCGGCCGAACCUGGGCCAGAAGUUCCUGUGCCAGAAGUCGCCGACGCCGAGGCCCGGCCCGGAGCAGCAGCUGUUCUUCCAGGAGCCGGAGCCGGAGCCGGAGCCGGAUCGGAGGAGCCUGGAGAACCGGGCCGGGCUGCGUAGCUGGCGCAUCAACUCCUACCUGAGCGGCUACCAGUCGGACUCGGGGGGCGAGGGGCUCCCGGAGCCCAUGGAGGCGGAGGGGGACGACGACGUGCUGGGGGGGGCCCCCGGGGAACUGCUCCCGUCCCUCCGGGCCCCGGGCCCCUUCGGGCCCAAGCCCUCCGGAGCCGAGGGGCCGGAGGGCAACCUGGCCAAGCAGGACUCGUUCCGCUCCCGCCUGAACCCGGUGGUCCAGAGGAGCUCCCGUCUGCGCUCCUCGCUCAUCUUCAGCUCGUCCAAGCUGGAGGGGACGGGGGCCAGGGCGGCGGGGGCCGAGAAGGUCCAGCUGGUCCAGAAGGAGCAGACGGUCAGCGAGACGGUGGGCGAUGGGGAGGCCGUGCGCACGGCCACCUCCUCCAAGGUGGCCGAGCUGCUGGAGAAGUACAAGAGCACCUGCCGCGGGGCCGGGGGCGGGGCGGCCGUCGUCCAUCACGGCCAGGCCGCGUCCCGGCUGCGGCUGGAGGAGAGGACGCAGGCCGACGGGCAAAAGAAGAGCGCCGAGGCCGUGGAGUGCCAGAGCCUGGAGAGCCGGCUGCUGGAGCUACGUGACUCCUUCGCCUACAAGCUCCACGAGCAGGUGGAACGGGCCCAGGGAGCCGCCACGCUGACCGCCACCCAGCUGCUCGACUCCUUCGGCAAGGACGUCCUGGCGAGCGCCGGCAGGGGUGGGGGGGACGCGGGAGCGGCCUCGCACUUCCUCAGCGGGGACCCCAGGCCCCGCCCGCCCCUGCCCCUGCCACCGCCCGAGCGCCGGGGCAGCCCCACCUUCUCGGGGGAGCCUCCCGGCCGCCCCCGCCCCUGCUCCCCCGGGCUGGAGGGCGGGGCCCGGAUGCCCAGCCCCGACGGCCACGGCUCCCCCAGGCCCGAAGAGGGGAGCCCGGCCCAGAGCCCCAGGGAGUUUUUGCGGAGGGGGUCCCUGCGGCUGAAGCAGCUGCUCAGCCCCAAGGCGGAGCGGCCGGCGGAGCCCGAGCCCGCCUCCCAGGGGCCCCAGGAGAACGGGCAGCCCGAGGGUCCGGGGGUGAGGAGGCCGUCCCGCGGGGGCAGCCUGGAGGGGGGCGACGAGGAGUGGCCCCCCGGCAAGGCCCACCUGGCCGCCCAGGCCCGGCCCACAAACGCCCUGUACAGUAGCAACCUGCGGGACGACACCAAGGUCAUCCUGGAGCAGAUCUCUGCCCACGGCCAGAAGAACCGGCCCGAGCUGAGCCGGCUGGCCCCCACCUCCGCCUUGGCCAGCGGUCCCGAGCUGGACGUGGGCCGGGCCCCGGGCAUGUCGGACAAGGACAAGUGCUCGGCCAUCUUCCGCUCGGACAGCUUCGGGGCCCCGAGCCGCUUCAGCCGGACGCUGCCGUCCAGCCUGGAGGACCGCGACACGCUGCUCCGCAAGAUGGAGAGCAUGCGCAAGGAGAAGCGUGUCUACAGCCGCUUUGAGGUGUUCUGCAAGAAGGAGGAGCAGGCGGGGCCCGGCGACGGGGAGGACGAAGCCGACGUCAAGGACAAGAAAGUGGGCAAGUUCAUGCCCAAGAUCCUGGGCACCUUCAGGGCCAAAAAAUGAGCCGGGGGCCCGACGGACAGGGACGGCGUCCUUCCCCGGGCACUCCCCCUCUACUCCGUCACCCUUCCCGCUGCCCCGGUGACAUGGUAGGGACGAUUGUGCUGAUUCCGGCAAGGGGAGGGGGCCCCUGCCUUGUACUGUGGCUCAGUCCACGGUUCGCCCCCGGCCCCCCGCCCCAGGGCUCUCUGGACAUGAAGCCAAAGUUCUACCAGGUCCAUGCUGCCCUCCCCGUGCUGCUCUCCCCACCCCUGCCCGGCAUGCCCUGGUCUGGCCCGUGUCCUUGUCCCUGCCCCUCCCUCUGCCAGCGCUCCCUGGCCCUCGCCACCGGCUGUGUCACAGCUUCGUC